AUGGACUCUGCCGGGCCCGAUGGUGGUGGCCGAGGUGGGGGGAGCAGCCCCUACUCCCAGCGGCCACGCAGGAAUGUUGACCAAGGGCCCUGUCACUGGAGGUCCAGCCGUUGCUUCCCUCGGGACCAGAAGGCAUCCCGGGUCUGCAGGUACUUCCAGCGAGGCUUCUGCUUCCAUGGAGAUGGAUGCAGCUACCAGCACCUGCCGUCCCCCCAUCACCUCGAGUGGGGCCGCCGCCAUUCGGAGCCCCACGUCACCCUGCCAGGGCCCCAGCUGGGGCUGACCCGCAGGCGCUCCGAGCCCUCCUACCUGCCCUCUGCGGCUGUCAGCUGGGGCCGCAUAGGGGCCAACCCGGACAUGGAGCUUGGCCCGGAGGGGCUGUCCAGCAAGGUUGAGGACGUUGGUGGCAGCUCCCGGAAGCCCCUGUCUCUAUCAUCUGCUGAUGGUGAUCACCGCUACUUCCUGAAGCCUCCACCUCAGUCAGAUCCUGUCCAGGAGUUUCUGGCCCUGUUUCAGAGCUUUGGCCUUGAGGUGCAGCAGAGAGUGCAGGACAGUCAGGACAUCGUGUGUGGCAUCUGCAUGGACAAGGUGUGGGACAAGCCGGAGGCCCAGCGGAUCUUCGGCAUCCUGCCCAACUGCAGCCACGCCCACUGCCUGGGCUGCCUGCGCGCUUGGCGGAGGAGCCGAGGGGACUUCCCGCCCAGUAUCAUUAAGGCCUGUCCCCAGUGCCGGGUCCAUUCCAGCUACAUCAUCCCCUGCAGAUUCUGGGUGAGCAAGGGGCCUGAGAAGGAGAAACUCAUCAGGAACUUCAAAGCUCGGACCAGCCAGAUUCACUGCCGGUUCUUCAUGCGGGGGAAUGGCCGCUGCCCUUUCAAAUCUGACUGCAUUUACCUGCACCAGCUCCCAGAUGAGGCCCCGAGUUUUGAUCCUCUCUGGCCUGAGAGUGUGCAGCUGGCCUCUGUGAGUGAGGUGGUGGGCACACCAGUGUUCCUAGGGGGCACCAAGCCAGAAGAGAAGGUGUUCUUCAUGGACUGUGCCCUGAGAAUGGCCUUCUGGGGUUCAGAACGCCUCCUGGACCCCAAUAGUUCUGACCACUGCCUGCAAUAA